AUGACAGUGUCGCGUGAUUUGUUUUGGUAUACAUUCAAGGCUUUCGCAGUUGCCCUAACAUCCAGGUAUCCACAGUGGAAGAUUUCAAUUUAUCCACAAGAACCUCAUCAAUCGUUACGCCUUUUUCGUUCACGAGACCAGACCACGGACCACGAGCAGGUUCAAAAUCGUCGAUCUGAUAAUUCUGUCGGUCACGCCACGCCGCGUGACAGGACUGGACUAAGCCCCCACGAUCACGAACAGAUCCUUCUUCCUCGCCUACGAGGAUCAUUCCUUCAAGCAGCGAGCUCCAUGGCCAUGCCGAUACGGAUGCCCGUUCGGACGACGGUAGAAUGCGCCACGGCGCUAUUAACGUUCAGCGGUCACAGCAGGUCACGUCACGUCAAAUGUAACGUCAAAUGCCGAUUACGCUCAAAGGUCAAAUUGGCAUGUGCUUUUAUUUUGGCGGUUUGUGGAUGCCAUCUGUCGAAUUUGAUGGAUGUAGAACAUGAAAUAUUGGACAAGGUCAAUGAAAUUCGAGAAGCACAGGAGGAAAUGGGGGAAACGCUUGAAAACAUCCAAGGUAACCAAGAUGAUGACGGACCUGAAAUAUUGGAGAAGGUCAAAGAAAUUAGAGAGGCACAAGAGGAAAUGGAAGGACAGCUUGAAACUAUCAAAUAUGAUCAACAAGAUGUCAGAGAAUCUGUUGCGAUCCUUGAUACUAAGAUAAAGCAAAUUCAAAGUACAGUUGAUAAUAUUGAAAGUGAAGUUAAUGAUGUGACAGACAAACUGGAAGAGAUCGUAGAAAACCAAGAGAGACUAUUUAACUUGCAAAAUAAAAUGUUUCAAUUCCUGCAACAACAACAACACAGAGGAACGCAGUGAUGUAAUGCAAGUAGUCUAAUAAACGAGCCUUUCGAUGAAGGGAUUGUUUUGCCUUUGAAUUAAAUUUCUUGCAAUGUCAGUUGUCAACCAACUAUCAAGUUAAGUACUCAAGGAUUGUUUAGAAGCUUGUUAGGAACGUUGCCUUGUUCCCUCCUUCGCGCCAGCGGAAUCCUUGGUUACAUCAACGCUGAUCUCGCCCCAAUCCCAGUGAAAGGAAGGGGUUGAAACGUUACCCGCCUCCGGCAACCACCACGGAGUGUACCUGCCACACGGUGAACCUAUCAUACGGUGCACCUUCCACACGGCAACCACCACAUCGUCACGAUACCCCUACCAUACAGUCAACCAUUAUAUGGUUGGUGCAUCCACCACACAGUCACUUACCAUAUGGUGCACCCACCAUGCGGUGCGCCCAACAUGGGUCUUGAUUUCAUAUAUCGGUCUAUAUUCACUCGCUGUAUUGAAUGUUCAUUUAAAACAAUUCCUGUUUACUUUUUCAAGCGCCGCUAGAUCUUGUUUACGACAAAAGUUAGACGAUUUGCCACCAUCCUAAUUUUAAGACCGUAUUUAUCACCCCUUCAAUCCCAGUGUGAAAGGCCUAUUUAAACCAUUCCGCCAGCACGGACUAUGGACUUAGAAAUUGUGAAAACAAAUUGGCUCUGCCUAAGCCCCGUACUGAUUUUUUGAAACGUAGUCUCUGCUACAGUGGGGCACAUUUGUGGAAUAGCCUUCCAUCUAACUUCAAAUAAAUCUUUUAUUGAGUUUACGUAUGAGAUAAAUCGCCAACUGUCCUCCUCGUACUCCCACACAAGGAAACAUGUAAAUCAGUUUUGUUUUUAAUAUAUCUCUAUCUUGUAACUGAUGUUUUUAAAUAAAACCUCGUGCCAUCCAGUUCAUAGUAAAGAGGAAUAAAGCGCCAAUUCCCCUUCGACUCAUGUUAGCCGGGACUGUAACCCAGCUGUCACUUCAGCUCUCCUCAUCCGUUGUUCUUCACAGGGUUACGUGACCAAUUACACAAUGAAGAAUACAAAAGCAAAAACCGACACAACG